CACGGCAUACUCGACCUUCCCACGGGGUCUCCGCUUAUAUACUGUCCGGUCGCCGGCUCCUGGAGUCAGACAAACGAUCGCUCGUCCUGCAGAUAACAUGGCAUCCGUCGCUCCUCUUCUUGUGUGCCUGCUGGCUGUGGUGGUGGUGUGCUACGGUGCUGCCAAACCUGAUGCUCCUACAGAUCUGAAGGCAGAAAGUAGUUACGGUCUAGGCUAUGGACUCGGCUACGGUGGCUACGGACCAGGAGCGUACCCAGGAUGGUGGGGUGGAUAUGGCCACCCGUACAGGAAUGGCUGGGGAUUUCCAGGUUAUGGAUUAGGAGGUUAUGGAGGCUACUUUGGUGGCUACCCCUACUACUGAACAUACUCAAAACCUGUCUGGAAUUUGCUGCUGAUACCUGAAAUUACCAUACAUCCCGUCUUUGUCAAAUCUAAAGUGAUUUUUGUUUAAUUAAACCAAGUCACUAUCAGACAAUAAUGAUUUAUAGUUAUAUGUAAACAAUAGAUUUAUUUUAUUGUUUAUUUCAACUUAAUAAAAUAUGUAAAUAUCA